GUAAUGGAUUUAAAUUUUCAGGUUUGGAUCAUAUUGGACACGUGAAAGGCCCAUUCAGUCCCUUGAUAAAGCCCAAACUGAGGGAAAUGGAUGUGGUGAUUGAACAGCUGGUGGAAUCUUCUAGGAGUUGGGACAAGGAGACUUUGGUUUUGGUAACAGGAGAUCACGGUAUGAAGGACAGCGGCGGACACGGGGGUACGACUUACGCGGAAACGCACGUUCCAUUGAUGGUAUUCGGUAACUUCACUUCAAGAAGUAACGAAGCCAUCUCGCAAACUGAUAUUCCUACAACCUUAUCCACUUUGUUCGCUAUAGAAAUACCACCUAGUAGUAUAGGAAAGACGGUUCAAUAUUUCGUUAAAGAUUACGAGCUCGAAGAGCAACUGUACAUUUUAUAUUAUAAUUUGUUGGUGCUCAGGAGAAAUUCCAAUAUUUGCGAAGAGAAUUUCGUAAAAGCUACACAAAUGCACAAAGAUUAUUUAAAACACUACGAUCCAAAGAAAGGGAAGCAGAUUUACGAUUUGUAUUAUGGAUGCAUCAAUACUAUUAGCGAAAACUUGGUUCAAAGUUCCGUACAACAAAACACCGUUUUCCUAAUAUUCUCUAUGAUUUUAAGCAUCAACUGCUUAAUUUUAAUUGCAACAAAAGUCAACGCAUACAACGUUUACCUUUACGUCAUCUUACUGAGCUUCUUCUUAACUUGCAACACUCAGUUUUAUUACAUUCCCUUGAUUUGCGCUAUGAUAGCAACAAUCAAAAGCCUCAAGUUUCAAUCAUAUAACUUAAUUCCGACUAUUCCAAUUGUGCUUCAUGCAAUUUUAUUGCAAUCUUCUAGUUUUAUCGAGGAAGAACAUCAAAUUUAUUUAUUCUUCACGUGUUCAGUAAGCUUAAUUUUAUCGUAUUUAUCACUGAAGACUUCUAUUCUUACUUCACUGAUCCCUCUUUUAAUCAUCAUUAGCUUUAGGUUUCUCAGGAAAAUGAAUUCGACUGGAGAUAUGUGGGCUUCUUAUCCUGAUUUCAGUGAUUGGCUUUUACGAGAAGAUAACUUCAAUUAUUAUCAAAUCUUCUUUGCAACAUCUUUAAUUUUCAAUUUAAUCAUUUUAAGUUAUUUUUAUAAGCCGAAAGUUCUGCAACGCUGUUUUUUCGCAGUCACGUUUUUCGCCAUUUUCGUCUUCAAAAUGCAUUUCACAAACGAUCCUCAAUUAGGGAAAUUCAUUUGGUUUAUAAUUGGUCUUUCUUCUAUUGCGUUAAAAGGGAAUUUGUUCAAGAAGCUUAUAACUACUUGGGUACUAAUAAUCACGUUGUUAUUAAGACCUUACAACAUUUUAUUGAUCCCCGCGUGCAUCUUAAUUUCAGCAAUUUCUGUAAAACGUGUUCAAUCCAUUGAAAUAUUGAAUUUAAUCCAUUCCUGGCUCGGAUUUUCUUUAUUCUUCUGCCAGGGCCAUAGCAACAGCAUUGCUAGCAUCGACUUGGCUCCAGCCUACAUAGGAUUAGAAAGCUACAUCCCCUUUAUAGUUUUCACUAUAACAAUAUGCCACACCUAUGCUUUCCAAAUACUAUCAACUCUACUUCUGAUGAAUGAAAAGAAGUAUGAAAUAGAUGAAGUCUUACAAACAAAUGUGAUUUAUAGAUUAGUGAUUCUAAUAACAAUUUAUUCAGUGACUUUCAUACAAAGGGGACAUUUAUUUGUGUGGUCUGUGUUUGCACCAAAGUUAUUGAUAGAAAGCGUUCAUUCAGUAGUAUUAUUUUUUAUUUAUUGUAUAGUUAUUGUAUUACAAAAAAUUGUCUUUAAUAAAUUAUAA